AGCGGCUUCUAAACUCGAUGGUAAAUGACAGAAAACGGAAGCCUUGAGUGUCCAAUUGGCGUAUGCGUGUAGUAGUCCGAAAAGUAGCGUGUCUAUGGCAGGUUUGGAGGACGGUGGGGAAGUGCUUUUCAGACGUGGAGCGGGACAGAGUGAUGACUCUGAUAUCUGGGAUGACACGGCUCUAAUUAAAGCAUAUGAUAAAGCAGUGUCUUCUUUUAAGAGAGCUCUGAAGAAUGAGGAUUGUACAAUUGGUGCAGAAACAGAAGAAAAAAAUCCCAGGACCAAAAGGAAAAAUAAUAAGAAGAAUAGAAGCAGGAAGAAGUGUAAUGCUGCUCCGCUGAAAAAGUGGAGAAUAGGAGACACGUGUAAUGCCGUUUGGUCAGAAGAUGGGAAUAUUUACUCAGCUACCAUCUCUUCCAUUGAUGCUAAAAGAGGGACUUGCAUAGUUGUUUAUAGCGGAUAUGGCAAUAGUGAGGAACACAGCUUGGCUGACCUGCGUUUUCCAGAUACUUCUGAAGCAGAAAGUGACCAAAGGGACCAAGAGCAGGAGAUAAAUGGAGAUGAGCAUUCAACAGAUGAAAGUGAUAGAUCUUCAAGAUCGCAUCAAAGCAAAGAUCCUCAGAACCGGGAGACGCCAAAGUCCUCACAGUGGAAUGGCCAGUUCCCUCCUGUUCCCCCUCCAUUUAUGCCUGGCUUUGGAAGGCAUGGUGAGAAGCUGGAUCAAGCACAUCCCUUUCUCUCUGGAUGGCCCCCACCAUUUCUACCUGGACCACCUAUGAUUCCACCCCCUCCACCAAUGAGCCCCGAUGCUUGUGAAGAUGACGAGGCAUUGGGCAGUAUGCUGAUCUCCUGGUACAUGAGCGGAUAUCACACUGGCUACUACCUGGGACUAAAGCAAGGGCGAAUGGAAUCUUCCAUUGGAAAACCACCUCACCAGAAGUAACAUCCAGGAGUAGGUAUCGUCUGUUUACAUGGAAGCUCCACACUUGUGCGCUGUUAAAGGCCGCACAAUGAAAAUUCAGCUUCUGGACAUCUGAAACCAUUCUGAAAGUAACUGUCACCAUCUAGCAUUGUGUUAUAGCUUAUAUGAUUUAGACUGCUCCCAAAACCGAAUGCGUAUCGUUAGGCAUAACAUUGUCACUUUAGCAAAUAAAAGCAUCUAGUUUAUAUGCCUGUUUCAAGGUGCUGCACCGAAUUAAGUAUUAUCCAAUCAUUUCCUUGGGAAGAGGACAGAGUUCAGAUACAGUGAUUUGUAAUUGAACUACAGUGGUUUUAUAAAAGCCUUCUCUUUAGUGCAAGGAUGCAGGCACUUAGAGUGAAUUUGUUAUAAAAUAUUGAUCUCUGAAGUUCAUAGCUCCAAUCUUCCUUGUGCCUGUUCAGAAGCAGAAUUACUAUUGAAGUAGCUAUAGUAUUCAGCAACAUAAGGAUUAACGAUGUGGCCGAACUAUACUGAACUAUCGUUUUGGUUCCAAAGAUCCUUAACGUCUUGUCAAUUACUUUGGUUAUUC